AUGACUACUACUUGGACCUAUCCUUCAGUCAGACGCGACGAGUCGUUCUUUGAAGAAUUACAUGGUGUAAAAGUCGCGGACCCGUAUAGGUGGCUCGAAGAUCCCGAGUCUGAGGAGACAAAGGAUUUUGUGGCCGCGCAGAAUGCUCUUACUGACAAGCACUUGGAAACAUACCCACAUCGCGAGAAAUUUCGUAAAGCUUUGACCAAAAUGUAUGAUUAUGAGAAAUAUGGUUGCCCAUUUAAAAGAGGCAAUUGCUAUUAUUAUUUUUAUAAUACAGGAUUACAAGCACAAAGCGUUUUGUAUCAGCUGAAAGAUUCACUAGAUUCCGAACGCGUCGAAUUCUUUAAUCCAAACGUUAUUGAAAAAGAUGGCACUGCGGCUCUUAAUACCUACUCUUUUUCAAAACACGGAAAAUACUUUGCCUAUGGUAGUGAUUGGGUUACUGUAAAUGUGAAGACUACAAAUAUUGAAGAACAAACUCAAUUAAGUGAUGUCAUUGAAUGGGUCAAAUUCUCGGCAAUCGGCUGGACCAAUGACGAGGCUGGUUUCUUUUAUCAAAAAUAUCCUCGACCUGAGAAGGAUACCGAUAAGGGUACUGAAACAGAUUCCAAUUUAAACGCCGAGCUUUGUUACCAUAAAUUAGGAACUUCGCAAUCGGAGGACAUCACCAUCUGCAAAGAUCCGGAAAAUCCGGAAUAUAUGUAUGAUGCAUAUGUCUCGGAUGAUGGUCGUUAUAUAAUUGUUGAGAUAGUGAAGGAUUGCAAUCCAAAGAACAAGUUAUGGAUUUCGGAUUUAGAGAAAUCCAACUAUGAAAUCACUGGAAACAUCGAUUUUAUUAAAGUCGCAGAUAACUUCGAUGCGAAAUAUUCAUAUGUAACAAAUGAUAAUACAAUAUUUUACUUCAAGACUAAUUUAAAUGCGCCUCGAUGCAAAAUCGUCAAAUAUGAUUUGGCUCAUCCUGAAGAGGGUUUUGUGGAAAUUGUAGGAGAGAGUCAAAAGGACGUCCUUACGAGUGCUAACGUAGUAGCAGAAAAAAAUUUAAUUUUGAUAUAUAUGCAUGAUGUUAAGGAAGAAAUACGUAUACACGAUUUAUCUACAGGAAAACACAUAAUGAACCUGCCGCUUCCAAUAGGAUCUGUGGAAUCUCUUACAGGGAGAAAAGAGGACACCGAAUUCUUCUUCAACUUUAUUAGCUUUUUGAACCCCGGGAUUAUCUACAAAUAUGACUUCUUAAGUAAAUCUUUGUCAGAAUACAAGACCACAACUGUUCAAGGGCUGAAAAGUGAAUUGCUGGAAUCGAGGCAAGUUUUUGUGAAAAGCAAGGACAACACAAAUGUUCCAAUGUUUAUUAUUUCCUCUAAGAACAUUGAUCUAGGUGGCAAUAAUCCCGCUCUUUUGUAUGGAUAUGGUGGAUUCAACGUCAGUAUAAAACCGACUUUCAGUGCUUCCUGGAUAAGUUUUGUUCAACAUUAUAAUGGAGUCGUAGCUGUUGCGAACAUUCGCGGAGGUGGCGAAUAUGGCGAGGAAUGGCAUAAGGCUGGAAUGUUAGCGAAUAAGCAAAAUGUUUUUGACGAUUUCCAGGCCGCUGCAAAAUGGUUGGUGGAAAAUAAAUUUACAAAGCAAGAGAAGUUGACGAUUCAUGGCGGUUCAAACGGUGGUUUGCUUGUUGGAGCAUGUGUCAACCAGGCACCCGAAUUGUUUGGUUGUGCCGUAGCCAGUGUAGGUGUUAUGGACAUGCUGAGAUUUCAUAAAUUUACUAUUGGGCAUGCAUGGCGAAGUGACUAUGGAGAUCCCGAUAAAAAAGAAGAUUUUGAAUAUAUAUACAAGUAUUCUCCGGUUCAUAAUGUAAAACCAGGCAAAAUUUAUCCUGCACUAUUAUUGACCACUUCUGAUCAUGAUGAUAGAGUAGUACCUUUGCAUUCCUAUAAGUACAUAGCAACUCUGCAGCAUGUUGCUAAAAACAACCCAAAUCCAUUGGUAAUAAGAAUAGACACAAAGGCCGGUCAUGGUGCUGGAAAACCAACGAAAAAGCAGGCAAGUCUUUAUGCCUUUUCUAUUGACGAGGCUGCUGACAGGUUUUCUUUUAUUGCAUUAUCUGUUGGCGCCGAAUGGGUAGAGUAA